UAUUUAUACUAUGGUUAUAUACUACUGAUUGUAGUUUUCAAUCAUUGACAGCUGCGCGCAGAUAUAAUUUAUAAUCAAUCCUUUAUUUAUAGGUCACUUUUUCAAUUUUAUAGGAAACUUUGAAUGCCGCAACCUGUUUUUUAUGAUAUCAGAAAUGAAUAAAUGUCUUCGAUACUAUUGAUUUACACUUGCAAAUUGUGUAAAAUAAUGAGUUAAAAUCAGUUUUAUAUACUGAUUAGAUAUUUCAAUUGGGAUGAGCGAAAAAUCAGAGUUUCUUGAUGACGAAACGAAUUUUACCGAAAAAUGUGACGGUGCUAAUUUUAUUUCAAAGCAAGAUGUUCGAUUAACCGAAGGAACAAUGAUGCAGAAUGGUGUCUUGCAAAUUCAAAAUAAUCAUUGUAGAAAUAAUAUAUUCAGAAGCAAAAGCGACUCAGCAUUAUCAAGAAAAAAUGAUGGAAAACUAAAACAGGAUUAUCUGAUGACAGACAACAUUGAUUUAUUGACUAGGUUUAAUAUCAACAAAUCUAUUACCAACAUUCCUAAUAUAAAACUUCAAACAUAUCACUUAUCUAACAGUGAGAACCGCCUUUUAUACAACAAUGGUUCUCUUCAUGACUCAUUUUCCAAUAAUAUGAGUGUUUCUUUAUCCUUAAUACCAGUAUCAUCUUUAGAUCUAUUUCUAGUCAAAAAUAAAGUUCACAAAUCUGAAAAUGAUGUAUGUGCAUAUAGAAAUAUAGCAGGAGCAUGUAUGGACGAAGAAGAGAUACUAUUUAAUCGAUCGAGCAAAGCAAAAAAUCUUUCAUCUACUUUGCAAUGUUCUAUGAAUGAAGAAGUUAUUAAUAUGUUUGAAAAUAAUUUAAUAAAAGACAAACAUGAUAAAAAUUAUUUUAAAGAACAGACUGCUGCUGCAGAAACUAAUGUAUUUCAAACAGAACAAUCUUGCAAAGAAAUAAUAGACUUACAAUCACAGAUAAAUAAUAAUGAAACUUUAAAUGAGAAAAAUCAAGAUGAGAAAGAAGAUCUAUGUAAGGAAAAUGGGUCAAUUUCAACUUUGACACUAAAUGCCCAUGUGCAAAAUAGUUUGACACCUCGACCAACAUUAGCUGAUGACAGUAAACUUGUUAAAAUGUCUCUCUUGACAAAUCCGAUAACUAUAAUGCAAUCAAAUGUUCAACUUUUAAAUAAGAGUCGUAAUUUUUUCAACUUUAUCACAGAGAAAUCGACAAACAUUAUGGAAAAAGCUCUACUACCGCAACAUUUGGCAAUGAAAUACAAUCACAUAUCAAAAUCCAUUGAAACCAAUGCUAUGAUGGGAUUUUAUACUAAUAGCGAAUCUUCUUUGAAAGACAUAAUUGGAAAGACUAGAUUGGACACAGAUUUAACAACGAAUCCGAGUAAUAGUCGUAUAACAAAUUGUAUGGUAAUACCAAAUCACGACAAGAACAAAGAUAAGUUGAAUAGUAUAACAAAUAGUGAAAUUGAUGUAAAUCUAUCCACAUGUAUAAAAGAGAAUAAAACAUGCGAUAAUUUGGAAAAUGCAGAACGACAAUUACAUAGUUCUAAGAAUAAAGUAUCAAACGAGAAAGAAUAUAUUUUCCAAAAAAAUGAUGUAGACAGAUUAGAUUACAAUAUUAUCAGUGAACAAGCACAAGAUGUAUCAUUGCCAGAAAUAAAUGAAAAUGAAAGUAAUUUUCUGCACAGAGAAAGAUUGCUUAAUGAUAUGCAUGAAAAAGAUUCAUCUAAACUUAGUAAUUUGAUAGAGUCAAAUAUUUUAAGAUUAGACUCAUUAGAACAUCCAUUAUAUCUUACAUUAUUGGAAGAUUAUACCAGUUUAAAACUCAAGAAUGCAAAAUUGCUAGAAAGAAUUGAGCAUUUAGAGAAGUCGAAUCAAUUGAACAAAUCAUUCUGUGAAACCCAGACAAAUACAGAUACGUUUAUCUUACAAAUAGAGAACUUGGAAAAAACUAUAAAUAAAUUAAGAGCCGAUUUGAAUACAUCACUGGAUAUGCAAGAAGCUCUGAGGAAGGAGUGUAUGGCAAUUAAUAAGGAGAAGGAAAACAUGGUUAUGAGAUAUGCAACUAGUGAGAAACAGUUGAUAGAUUCACAAAGAGCGAUAGAUUGCGCGGAACGCAAAGUUAAAGAACUUCUAAAGGAUCAAGAAUUAUUCCAAAACAAGUUACGCCAAACACAGGGUGAACGUACAAGAAUAUGUAACAUUAUGGAUGGAAAAUGCCGUGAGAUUGCUGAUCUUCAAAAGGAAAUAGAGAGAUUAAAAGAAGAUAAUAAAAUGAAUGAAAUCAAACUAAAGUGGACGCAAAACAAACUUAAAACUGAAAUGGACUCACAGAAGGAUACUCAACAGAAAUUAGAUAAAGCUUUGAUGAAAAUAAGUGAUAUGAAAGAAGAAUGCGAACAGAUACGCCGUGAAACGCAAGAAUCAUUUCGGAAAUUUCAGCAAUCUGAGGAGAAUAAAGCUGUGACAUUGGAUCAGCAAUUAAAAGAGCAUCAGGCGCGUUUGAUUUUAGAAAGACAUGUUACGGAAGAUAAAGAAACACUAAGACUUCAAUUACAGAAGGAAUUAGAAACAUUAAAAUCUAGACAACAAAAUUUAAUCGAAGAAAAUAAUAGACUCAGCCUAAAAGUUCAAGAGUCUGAGAAAACUCGAUCGAACACUGAAAAUAAUUUAAGUGAUUUGAAGAUUGUUGCAAAUCAACGUCAGGAACAAAUCACUGAAUUAUUAAACAAAGUUUCUCAGUUAGAAGCAUUAAAACUUCAAUUGCAACAUAAAGAAGAGUGCAUAGUAUCGGCUGAAGCUCAAAUAUUGCAAUUACGAUCGGUUAACGAGGAAUUGCGAUUUGACAUGCAAGCAUGUCGUCAAAAGGAAGCGGAUAUGUUAGAUUUUACGCAAAAAUUGACAGACAAAAAUGUACGUCUUCAAUCCGAGUUUAUUGCGAUUCAAACAAAGGCGAAUGAUCUCGAAUCCGAACACGGUCCGUUACAUGACUGUAUUAAUGAAUUGACUAAUAAAAUCAAAGUUUUGGAAGAAGAUUUGAUGCAAGAACGAAAGAAACGAAGAGAGGAGUGUGAGAUAUUGGCUAAGCAUGUUGCUGAACAAACUCAGCGAGGGCAAGACAUUGCUCAGAAAUUGGAAGACAGUCAAGGUGAAAAUGCAGUAUUGAAAAGAAGACAUCAAAUUUCCAUAAAGGAGAUGACACGAGAAUUACAACAAUGUCGUAGAAAAUUGGAAAUGUUUGAAACUGCAUCUCCCAGUAAUUCAUUGGACAUUACAUCUCGAACCGGAUCUAAUACUUCUUUAACAGGCGAUACAUUAAAUGGUGCCUUAUCGGAUAACAAUGCUAAUAGUGAUCACAUUUACUCUAUAGAACCUAGUAAACAAGUACUAAUGGAUCGCAUUAUAAAAUUACAAAAGAAAAAUGUAAAAAGAGCAGAAAAAUUAGAUUUUUUCGAAGAGCAUACACAAAUAUUGACGGAAGAGCUACGGAAAAAAACAAAAAUAAUAGAAUACUAUAUCAUACAUCAAGAUUUUGGAGCUUUGGCAUGUAAUGAAAGAGAUAAAUAUAAGCAUUUCAAAAGCAGAAGAGAUACAGUGGAAUUGGCACAGCAUGGAGGUAUCAUGGCAUCCCUUUACAAUCAUAGAGUUUCAGAUGAGAAUAUGACCCUAGAACUUUCUUUAGAAAUAAACCAGAAAUUACAAGCGGUUCUUGAAGAUGUAUUAUUAAAAAACAUUACUCUAAAAGACAAUAUCGAUACAUUAGGUAAGGAGAUAGCAAAAUUAACAAUGGAACAUCAACAAAAAUAAUAAUAUUGACAAUUAAUAAUUAAUAAUUGUUAUAUGUAUAUAGAUAAUUACAUACAUAAGUAUCAUGUUAUAUAUUGAUAUGAGGAGAGGGAAGAGAGAAAGAGAGAGUUAAUAUUUAUUGUUGUUUUAAAUUAAUCACAUUUUCUUUUAGCUAUUAUCAUAUAAUUCAAUAAUAUAUGUAAAUAUUUACUUAAAAAUGUAUAUUUCUCACUUAGAAAGAUUUAAUGUGUAUGUAUUUGGAAUAUAUUAUAUUAUAUAUUAUAUUUACAAAAUAGGAAUAAAAAAAGCACCAUUAGAACAA